AUUUGCACUACACUCGUAAACUCAGUUCGUGGAAACUCGUGUAAAGAAAUUACGACAGUAAGGAAGAUCUAAUCAUGUGUGAUAAAGUUGCAUUGGUGACAGGAUCCAAUCAAGGUAUCGGUUUCGCUAUUGUUGAGGAAUUGCUAAAACGGGGAGUAAAAACCGUGUACUUAACUGCAAGAAACGAGCAAAGAGGUCUUGAAGCUAUUGAGAAGCUUAAAUCGAAGGGUCUCAACCCGAAUUUUCAUCUAUUAGAAGUUACUGAUUCAACAAGUGUGAAAAAAUGUGCGGAUUAUGUAAAAACCAAACAUGGAGGCUUGGACAUUCUUAUCAACAACGCAGCAGUUUUACCAGAACACUGGGAAGAAAUCAUUUAUGAAGAGGCAGUUCCAGUAAUUACCACCAAUUACCACGCUAUCCUGACCAUCCAGGAGCACUUUUUCCCAAUCCUGAAUCAGGAUGCAAGAGUCCUAAACAUCUCAAGUGAUUUAGGACACAUUUCUAAUUUGAGAAACAAAAACUGGAUCGCUAGACUGACGGCUAAGGAUGUAACGAAAGCUGACAUCGAUGCGUUUGUCAACUGGUUUUUAGACUCCGUGAAAACUGGGACGUUGAAACCAGAGGACUUCACUCAAACUCAAAUGCUUGCUUACCGGGUUUCGAAAGUAGCACUAUGCGCGUUGACUAUCGUGCAACAAGGAGAAAUUGACAGGAACAUUUCAAUAAAUUCUAUACACCCUGGAUUUGUUCAGACAUCCAUGACGCGUGGUUUGGGCGUUUUCACAAUAGAAGAGGCCAGCAAAGCUCCGGUGUAUGUAGUUCUGGAUGUGGAUCAGUCGGUAAAGGGACAGUACUUUUGGUACGAUAAAAAAAUCAAGGACUGGCGCAAUCCUGGCAUACCGCUGUUCGGUGAUUUUGAAACUAUAAGAAAGUAUAUGUAAAUUGGUUAAUUUACUUAAAGAUUUACGUUAUAUUAUAUACGUCUAAUUUGUUUUUUCUGAUAUUUAACUAAGUUAUCACAAUAUAUUGAUAAAGUAACACGAUUUAACAGA